AUGGACUCGCCACCAAGGAUCAUGGAUGAGGCUACAGCAGCUGCCAUCAUGCUGCGCCAACAAGCUGCUCAGGCUGGAGGUGCUGCACUGCCAGCUGACUAUCAACAAAUAGUUCAAUCAUCACAAAUGUUGCAGGCUUUUUGGAAUCAACAAUUGGCUGUCAUGGAAAAUGGCGAACCGGAAUUCAAACAGCAUGCUCUGCCUAUCGCCAGAAUCAAGAAGGUCAUGAAGUCUGAUGAUGAUGUCAAAUCAUUGAUGAUUAGUGCUGAAGCUCCCAUACUCUUUGCUCGUGCCUGUGAGAUAUUCAUCGAAGAGUUGACACUACGUGCAUGGAUGCACGCUGAAGAAAACAAACGUCGAACACUCCAGAAAUCAGACAUACAAACUGCCGUAUCGAAAUCAGACAUGUAUGAUUUCUUGAUAGACAUAGUGCCGCGCGAUGUAGAAGUAGUCAAAUCAACCACCACAAUCAACAUUCCAAAAGAUCAACAACAGGAACAGCAGCAGCAAUACAUUCAGUAUGCUAUACCAAGUGGUAUGACACCCUUGACACCUGAACAGUUUGCUCAAUAUGCACCUCAACGUCAACAGCAACGACCUGUAAGUCAGGAAGCUAUCCUACAACAAUUGGUUGCACAGGAGCACGCCAAGAGGUCUGCGUCGCCUGAUAGGAACCCGCCUUGA